AUGUACUUUUUUGCACUCAUCUCUGCUGUCUUUUCAAUCGACCUCUCAUGUGACACAUUUCAGUGCAAUAAAUGUGAAGAAGGAAAAUGUGUAAACUGUGAAGAUGGUUACUUAUUGCAAGACGGUAAGUGUUUAUUUGGAGACUAUGUUAUGAAACAUUGUAAAACAUUUAAGAAUAACAAAUGUUUUCGAUGUUAUAAUGGAUACCACAUUUAUCACGGAAAGUGUAUAAAAAACGAAUUAGCGUGCAAGGAAUAUCACAAAGGGCAUUGUAAAGUGUGUCACAAAGGGUAUACAUUACAAGAUGACAUUUGCAAAAAAUGUGAAAUCAAUGGAUGUACAGACUGUGACGGCAACAUUAAAGAGUGUAAGUGGUGUAAUCAUGAAUUUAUCUUGUCGAACAACACAUGUAUACAAACUAUAAUAGGAUGUGAUACAUAUGUUAACCCACUCUUUGCAAAGUCACCAUGUCUAGAGUGUCGAGAUAUCUAUUUCUUAGAAAAUGGGACUUGUCAGAAAAUGGAUUUCCCAAAUUGUAUGAGUGUAACAAAAGGAAAGACGUGUGGAAUGUGUUACGACCCAUACACACUCAACAGCGAUGGACUUUGCGCCAAAACCGUCGAGCGAGUCCCGGACUAUUCCAACUUCAAUAGGUACGUCCGGUGCGAGAUGCUCAAGUUAAAAAUUCCUGAGUGCACAAAAUGCCCUCAAAAUGAAUUUUUAAGUAACAAAAGUGGCGAAUUUAAAUGUGAAAAGUGCAGUGAGGAAAGUAAGACAACAUGUGAGGGGAGAGACUUUGACAGCUGCAGACAAUGCAACGACGACUGCUCUUUUGUUGAAGGAAAAUGUGCUUUGACGCAUUGCCACGAACACAGUUUGUUGUAUGACUCUGUGCCUUCCAAAUGUAUACGAUGCAAGAAGGGGUUUAUAAUGAAAGACAUUGAAUUUUGUGUUGAAAGUGAUGGCUGUGAGACAUUAGAAGGUGAAAAGUGUGUGCAGUGCAAGACUGAAUUUUACUUGGGAGAGGAUUACAAGUGUCAUCCAUGUGACGAGAAAUGUAAAGGAUGUACACACAACAGUACUACGUGCACUUCAUGUGUUGAUGAUUACACAAUACGAGCUGCAAGAAGUUGUGAGUUGUGUUCAGACAAAGCGUGUGCUUUUUGUGAAGAGAAUAAAGGGAUAUGUACACAGUGUUAUAGCGGAUACACUCUUAAUGAGUUUGGUCAGUGUGAAUCAAGUUGCUUCGAAUCUGAUGGAAAAGAGUGUACUUCAUGUCGAGACUUGUACGACGAUAGAUACAAAUUCUACAAACCAGUCAAUGGAAAAUGUCUUCGGUAUAGUGAAGUUUUGAAACUGCGCGAGAAGGAAGCUACUUCUGAAUGUGUUGGUGAGACUUGUACGACACACUAA